UCUGAGCCUUCUACCUCCCCCACACCCCAUUCCAAGCUCUCUGCCUCUCUCUCCCACCUUACAAGCCGGCAAACAAACAAAGCAGCAACAAAAGAUCAACAACUCACUCAUUUCCCCACGAUCACACUCGAACGCCCGGCCGAUGGCAGCCAAGGUGGCGGCGCCGCUCGCGUUGCGCCGCGACGUGCGUGGACCGCUCGGCCGGCGGCCGGGAGGUUGCGGCCGGAGCGGGAGCGCGCUGUGCUGGAGCAGUGGCACCGGCAGCAGGCCCGCGGCGCCGGCGUGGCUGGCGCGCGCGCGCGGGAGGAACAGGUCCGGCGCCGGCGGGCGGAGCACGACCAAGGACGACGAGCUCGCUGAUGAGGAGGAGGCCGAGGUGGUGAUCGUCGACGUCGGGGACGAGGAGGAGUUCGCCGGCGACGAGCUGUCCGGGUUCAGGGGCCUGGUUCUUGAUCUGUCCUACAGUGUGCCCAGGCCUGUCAAUGUUGUCUGCUGGAAGCGCGCGAUUUGUCUGGAGUUCAUGGAGAAGGCCGAUGUAUUGGAGUACUACGAUCAAACCGUCUCCUCGCCUAGCGGAUCCUUCUACAUCCCUGCAGUUCUGAGGGUUCCGCAGCUGCUGCAGGUCGUCAAGAGGAGAAGAGUCAAGCAGAGCCUUAGCCGUAAAAACAUACUUUACAGGGACGGAUUUAUCUGUCAAUAUUGCUCUUCCGGCGACAACUUGACCAUUGACCAUGUUAUUCCGAUUUCGCGUGGUGGUAAAUGGGAAUGGGAAAAUUUGGUGACUGCAUGUUCAAGAUGCAACUCCAGGAAGGGUCAGAAGACACUGGAGCAAGCAAACAUGAAGCUACUCAAGGUCCCCAAGCCACCGAAGGAAUACGAUAUUCUGGCCGUGCCCUUGACAAAAACUGUAUUCAGGACGCUCAAGAGGAACCAAGGGCUACCUGAAGAGUGGCUGCAGUAUCUUGCCAGGCCAUCUCCAUGAUCAAGAGCUCCAGCCCUUUCCAACCAUCUCAUUGUUAAGCUGCAGAGCCAAAGAUUCAUCAUUAUCCAUCACAAUUUCUGUACAUGUCAAUAAUUCUGAGUAAAUAAACAUCUUACUGAAUUGAAUAAA